GCCCGGAAACAGGCGCAGUAGAGCGGCUUGUCUGCGCUCGUCUUCUCGCUGACUCUGCUCGGUCCCGGUGCUGCGCGGAGGAACGCACGCGGCUCGGUUCUGGGUCCAGUUUGUCACAAGUCUCUCGAACAUGGACAGGCAGCGCGUGCACGGUGGGUCACGCGCACGGCUCUGACUCGUGCGUAAAACGUGGACGUGCACUGUGGAUCUUGGAGCAAACUUUACUCAGGCAGUUGCUGAUUCCUUGACCUGGAUAUUGGUAGAUCUAGAUAAAACCCAGACUAAAUCUGGACUUGACCAGGACUUGACCAGGACUUGACCCGGACUUGACCCGGACUUGACCCGGACUUGACCCGGACUUGACCCGGACUAGACCCGGACUAGACCCGGACUAGACCCGGACUAGACCCGGACUAGACCCGGACUAGACCUGGACUAGAGGCAGGAUGCCAGACCUGAUCAGCGUCACAGAGUUCAUCAGUGAGACCAAUGAGGACUACAAGGCUCCAACCACCUCCAGCUUCACCACCAGAAUGUCCCAGUGCAGGAGCACUGCGUCUGCUCUGGAGGAGGCUCUGGACCUGGACCGGACUGUUCUGUCCAAGAUUAAGAAGUCUGUGAAGGCCAUGAACACGUCUGGACUCACUCAUGUGGAGAAUGAGGAGCAGUACGUUGCCUCGAUGGAGAAGUUUGGAGACCACUGCGUUUGUCGAGAAGACGCUGAGGUCGGAUCAGCAUUCCUCAAGUUUGCUGUGUUCACCAAAGAACUUACAGCACUCUUCAAAAACCUGAUGCAGAACAUGAACAACAUCAUCACAUUUCCUCUGGACAGUCUACUCAAAGGAGACCUGAAGGGAGUAAAAGGGGACCUGAAGAAACCGUUCGAUAAAGCCUGGAAGGACUACGAGACCAAACUGUCGAAGUUAGAGAAGGAGAAGAGGGAGCACGCCAAACAACACGGCAUGAUACGGACAGAGUUCAGCGGAGGAGAGAUCGCAGAAGAGAUGGAGAAAGAGAGGAGGCUGUUCCAGAUGCAGAUGUGCGAGUAUUUAAUCAAAGUGAAUGAGAUCAAAGUGAAGAAAGGAGUCGACUUUCUACAGAACCUCAUCAAGUACUUCCACGCCCAGUGCAAUUUUUUCCAGGAUGGGCUGAAGGCCGUGGAGACUCUGAAACCCUCAGUGGAGAAACUGGCCACAGACCUGUCCACAAUUAAACAGAGGCAGGACGCUGAGAGGAAACAGUUGGUUGUGCUCCGAGAUGUCCUGAAGAACUCUCUACAGACGGAACAGAAAGAGGACUCUCAAAAGCAGAACUCGGGCUACAGUCUUCACCAGCUGCAGGGGAACAAAGCACAUGGCACCGAGCGCUCGGGUGUCCUAUACAAGAGGAGCGAGGGUCUGAGGAGAGUUUGGCAGAAGAGGAAAUGUUCGGUGAAAAACGGCUUCCUGACGAUAAACCACGGAACGGCCAAUCGACCUCCAGCCAAACUCAACCUGCUCACCUGUCAGGUCAAGAGGAACCCGGACGAGAAGAAGAGCUUCGAUCUCUUCUCACACGACAGAACGUACCACUUCCAGACAGAGGAUGAGGCCGAGUGUCAGAUUUGGAUCUCGGUGCUGCAGAACAGUAAGGAGGAGGCAUUGAACAAAGCCUUUAAAGGAGAUCAGGACGAGGAGGAGAACAACAUUGUACAGGAACUGACCAGGGCCAUCGUGGGAGAAGUGAGGAGGAUGAGUGGAAACGACCAGUGCUGCGACUGCGGCGCCGCAGGCCCCUCAUGGCUCAGCACUAACCUGGGUGUGCUCAUCUGCAUCGAGUGCUCGGGGAUCCACAGGGAGAUGGGAGUCCACUUUUCCAGGAUCCAGAGCCUGGACCUGGAUGUGCUGGGGACCUCUGAGCUGCUGUUGGCUAAAAAUGUGGGGAAUUCGAGCUUUAACGAGAUCCUGGAAGCCGAUCUGGAGGGACAGGACAUCUCCAAGCUAGACAGCUCCAGUGACAUGCAGAGCCGUAAAGACUACAUCACGGCAAAGUACGUGGAGCGGCGGUUUGUGCUGCGCUUGCACCCUGAGGCCAGCAGGAGGCAGCAGCAACUCUACGACUCGGUCCAGAGUCGGGACAUCCUGGGUCUCAUCCAGGUCUACGCCGAGGGAGCUGACCUUCUGGAGUCUAUCCCUCAACCCCACGAGCAUGAGCCCGGGGAGACGGUCCUUCAUCUUGCUGUCCGAAUGGUUGACAGAAACUCUUUGCACAUCGUGGACUUCCUCGCUCAGAACAGUACUAACCUGGACAAACAGACGAGUCGUGGCUCCACAGCUCUGCACUACUGCUGUUUAACUGACAACAGCGAGUGCCUCAAACUGCUUCUGAGAGGGAGGGCAUCUGUCGACAUAUUGAACGAUGCUGGAGAAACACCUUUGGACCUGGCACGCCGCCUCAGACACACUCAGUGCGAAGAGCUGCUGACACAGGCGCAGAGCGGCAAGUUUAACGUGCAUGUUCACGUGGAAUACGAGUGGAGACUUCAGAACGAAGACCUGGACGAGAGCGAGGACGAGAUGGAGGAUAAGCCCAUCCCCAAUCGUCGAGAGGAGCGCCUCCAGGACCUGCCCACAGAGCGCCCCAGUGACCUCCGGCCCGACCUCCGACCCGACCUCCGACCCGACCUCCGACCCGACCUCCGACCCGACCUCCGUCCUGACCUCCGACACGACCCCCGCCCUGAUCGUCCUGUGAGCUGCUUCGUGCCCAGCAGUGCCCCCUCUCACUCAGGCUUGGCACUGCUGGCUCGAGAUGCUGCGGCGCUGGUGAAAGACCGCCAGAGGGUGCCCUGUCCCAGUCUGAUGAUUAGUAACGAGACGUACGGCACCAUGAUGGACCCAAGCCAAGUGGGAGGAGCCACGCCACCGCUGCCCCCCAGAGCACCACCCAGAGUUCCAGGUUCCCGAGUGUUGCCAAUGGAAACGGUGGGACGCCAGCGCUCAUCCUCUGAUCCCAACGAGCCACGCCCCCCUGACAGGAAUAGCUCGAUGUAUGUUCUCCCGGAGGCUCCCCCUCCCCCUCCUCCCCCAACCUUUAAAUCCGCCAAAAAUAUGCCCCUCCCUCCUCCGCCACCACACUUUAAGGCACCCCCCCUUCCUGUGCAAGCCCCGCCCCCACCAGCACACAAAGCUCCACCUCUUCCUCCUCCAGUCCCGAGUCACCAGACCAGACCCGGACCCAAGUCUCCCAAGUCUCCCAAGUCCCCCAAGUCUCCAACAUCUGCUUCAACAAGACGAGACUCAGAGCCCGUUCUUCCUGGGAGACCUCCCCUCAGAUCAGGCUCCAAGCGAAGCUCCACCACCAAAAGUCCAACUCCUCCCACUCCCAAACCCAGGACCACCUUCUCUCAGAAGCAGAAACCUCAGAGGGUCAUCGCGAUCUACAACUGUUCAGCUGAUAAUCCCGACGAGCUAACCUUCACCGAGGGAGAGGUCAUUGUGGUGGAGGGGGAGGAGGACCAGGAGUGGUGGAUCGGACACAUUGAGAGUGAUCCAAGUCGGAGGGGCGUGUUUCCGGUCACCUUUGUCCAUUUUGUUACAGAAUAAAACUCGGGACUUAACCAGGACUUAACCAGGACUUAACCAGGACUUAACCAGGACUAAACCAGGACUAAACUAGGUAUUAACCAGGACUGUACUAGUCUAAACAAGAUUUGAGCCUUACUUAAAUUAAACCCAGUGGUGUUUCAAUACAGCUUUUACCUCCAUCUGGUGGGCACCUGUGGUACUGCAGUUCAUAUGGCCUAAUGAGUUAUUUUUUCUUUGGUUUAAACAUAGAGGAUUUGUUUUAAUCAUUAAAGAGAAAGUCAAUUUUUUCUUUAUCUUUCUCCCAUCUUCUAACAUUGUUCUCUCAUCAAAAACAUGAAGAGAUUUUAGAUGUCAUUCCUGUAUGUUUGUGAUCUCUCCCGGGCCCUAUUUAAACCCUCCUUGCAGUUAGCAGUACAAACCUGUACAAGGCUCCGCCCACAAGCCUACAUCACCCAGGCUCCCACAUUAGAACUCUCCAUAACUAUACAAAAACAUGAUACAAAACUGUACACAACAACUUGACAAACCUGAUGUGAUGUGCAGUAGUUUCAUUAGUGCGAUGCAGCUGAGAGUUAUAGUGCUCUGAAGGGGGAGUGACAUAGCACAGAGAGCAAAUGGAGAGGGGACUCAUUGCACUAAAAACGAAAGUGGAAUUUAUAAAACAUGUUAAUACAUUGUUUUGUUUUGUUUUUUGGGGGUGAAUUUAGCAUUUUCAGAACUGUCUCUGUCUCUUCAAAGGAGUGGUUAGUGGCUUUGAUAUGGAGAUGUACAGCAGACUGUAACAUGAAACGUCUUCACUUUUUGUCCAGUUGACAGAUUUUACUUUUGGCUUUUACUAUUUUCAAAACUAUAAAAGGAAACAUGAUGAUUGAAAUAUUUUAUGUAUUACAGUUAAUACCCCAUAGAAGUAAAAGGUCUAAACCAGGACUAAACCAAGGACUAAAUUUGGGCUAGACCAGGAUUAGACCAGGAUUAGACCAGGAUUAGACCAGGAUUAGACCAGGAUUAGACCAGGAUUAGACCAAAGAUGAGACCAGGAUUAGACCAAAGAUGAGACCAAAGAUGAGACCAAAGAUGAAUCCAAAGAUGAAUCCAAAGAUGAAUCCAAAGAUGAAUCCAAAGAUGAAUCCAGGACUACACCAGGACUACACCAGGACUACACCAGGACUACACCAGGACUACACCAGGACUACACCAGGACUACACCAGGACUACACCAGGACUACACCAGGACUACACCAAAAAUGAAACCAAAGAUGAAACCAAAGAUGAAACCAGGGCUAAACCAGGGCUAGACCAGGGCUAGACCAGGGCUAGACCGGGAUUAGACCGGGAUUAGACUGGGAUUAGACCGGGAUUAGACCGGGAUUAGACCAGGAUUAGACCAGGAUUAGACCAGGACCAAACCAAAAAUGAAAUCAAAGAUGAAACCAGGGCUAAACCAGGGCUAAAUCAGCACUACACCAUAUUUAGACCAGGAUUAGACCAAGAUUAGACCAGGACCAAACCAAAGACGAAAUCAAAGAUGAAACCAAAGAUGAAGCCAGGGCUAAACCAGGACUACACCAGGACUAAACCAGGACUACACCAGGACUAAACCAGGACUACACCAGGACUACACCAGGACUACACCAGGACUACACCAGGACUACACCAGACCAAACCAAAGAUGAAACCAAAGAUGAAACCAGGGCUAGACCGGGAUUAGACCGGGAUUAGACCAGGAUUAGACCAGGAUUAGACCAGGAUUAGACCAGGACCAAACCAAAAAUGAAAUCAAAGAUGAAACCAGGGCUAAACCAGGGCUAAAUCAGCACUACACCAUAUUUAGACCAGGAUUAGACCAAGAUUAGACCAGGACCAAACCAAAGACGAAAUCAAAGAUGAAACCAAAGAUGAAGCCAGGGCUAAACCAGGACUACACCAGAUUUAGAUCAGGAUUAGACCAGGACCAAACCAAAGAUGAAACCAAAGAUGAAACCAAAGAUGAAACCAAAGAUGAAACCAAAGAUGAAACCAAAGAUGAAACCAAAGAUGAAACCAAAGAUGAAACCAGGACUAAACCAAAGAUGAAACCAGGACUAAACCAAAGAUGAAACCAGGACUAAACCAAAGAUGAAACCAGGACUAAACCAAAGAUGAAACCAGGACUAAACCAAAGAUGAAACCAGGACUAAACCAAAGAUGAAACCAGGACUAAACCAAAGAUGAAACCAGGACUAAACCAAAGAUGAAACCAGGACUAAACCAGGACUAAACCAGGUCUGAAAGACAGUGAAUCUUUUACCAUUGAUGGUGGAGCUUAAAUGGGAUUCAGAUUUUAGUGAUUCUCAGAGAUUUUAAAUAUAUGUUUUGUAUUUGUGUAUUUUAAGUAUAUAAUAUGAUCGAACAAAAGUUGUGUUGUUUUGACUGAAACAGCUGCACAGGUGGAGUCUGGGUCAAAGGUCAAAUCUCCGUUAAGGUGUGUCAUAACUUGUAUUAUUUCACUGUUGGCUUUGGGGCAUCUCUGUUCUGAUCCUCAUUAAACAUUUC